GACAGAGGCAACACCAUCACUUGGUUUCCUGAAUCAACAACCUCACUACUUGUUUGACAACUAGGUUAAUCAAAAGGCAAUGCAUUUCUGGCUUUAAGGAUCAGUUACUGUGACUAUUUUAUGUUUUAAUAUAACUGGACUUAGAAGAUUGUUGUGUGAAGAGACAUGGAGGCGGUGUUUGGACUAGUGUUGGUGAUGUUAACAGGAGUGUCUCAUGCCACAGACAUGGUGACCACCUGUAAUGCUACUCAUAACUCAUCCCAGUGUUCCGUGGUUCUGAAUGGAACUCUGAAUCUCCAGCUGAUGACCAAUGCGAGUGGAUGUGAAUUGUUGUUUAAAAAGAACCUCAUCGAUGGUCCCACACUGAUAUUCUCACUGAAAAGAAACAAGGUGACCUUUAGGGGAACGAGUGAAAAAAGAUCAAAGUUCUUUAUCAACAAUGGGACCUUAAGGUUAACCAAUGUGGAGAGGACUGAUUCUGGGCAAUACCUUGCGGAGAUCUACAAUUCCAAUGGGUUACUUCUGGGAACCAGACGAGUACAACUGGACAUUGAAGGACCAGGUUUACCCAUGGUGCUCAUCUUGGGGUCAGGUUCAGCUGUUGGUCUCCUCCUAGCAGUGACGCUGGUAGCCUGCUGUAUUCAGAGGAGAAGGAGAAGUCCAGCACCACAGAUGCAGAACUAAGGACCUCAGCCUUCAGAAUGAGGAAAGCGGUGACCAAACCUGUGAUUCUUGCUAACAGAGGGGAGAUAGAGGUUUAGGACUCAUUAGUAGGCUUCCAGAGAGUAGUUAUUGAUAAGUAACUAGAAUGGAGACAAAAUACUCAUUCCUUUUUCAAAACAGCCUAAACAAUUUCCUUCGUUUUCUGUGUGUGCAUUAAUUAACUUCUAAUAAAUAUUUUUAUGGUA